AUGAACAUAGCUAAGCGGAUCCAACUUCGUGUAGAAGCCGAUCAUCGUAAGGGGCUGCGAAAUUUCAAGCGCGUCAUAAGAAAACAGACUACGGAAGCCGUAGAGAUGAGUUGCAACACACCUGCAUAUAGGCUUGCUAAACGCUUAACCGUAAUCGCUGAAUAUGAGGCCAGAAAGUAUGGUUUGAAAAGUGAACCACUGAGGAUGGUUUGGUACAAAAACGGUGAACAAUUACGUAUAGAAUAUCCGGAAACAAGAAUGAAAAGGGCACACAGGAAGGAAAAACAUAAAGGUGAAGCAAGACAAGAACUGCUUCAAGAACAGCAUCGAUGGCAAGCGCUACACAUAAAGACCUAUCCUAAACUAAUAGAGGAUAAGCUUGUUUUCAGUAGCAUCCGAGAAGGGGAUCAGGGCUUUUACACCUGUGAACUGAGCUGGGGUGAGCAUCGGUGGAUGACAAUAUUCUACAGCCUAAUUGUCAGUGGAAUACGUUAUGUCGCACAAGAAACAGAUCCGUUUUACUUACAUUCGAAUAUGGGAUACGAGAAUGCGUUACGUGAGGCACCUGUGUGGUUGGAAGCAGCACAAAUAGUCUGGAAACUGAACGGAUUGGCACGAUCACACGGUCUGGUAGCAAGGAGAUCUAGACGGAUUCAGAUGAUUCCGGAACUAAACCAAACGCACAACGGGAUGUGGACAUGUUACCUGAUAAUUCCAGCCACAGGACCCACCUCACGCAUGAGCACCCCAUCGGUGAGAGUGUCAGGAGUUUAUUUACUUAACGAGUUUCACCUAAGAGUCGGUCCGAAUGCAAACGGUAUAUGGCAAUUAGCGGACAAUACAGUAAGUAUGAGAAUGCUGCGAAAUGUAAGCGUUGGCUUGGCGCUAAUGUGCGAACUGCUUCUACUCCUCCUGUUGUUAACCGUUUGGGCGGUAAAAAGAUGGCUAGACCGCACAUUAUCGGCGUCUCAAAAAAAGCUGAUCGUGCAAGAAGUUGUGGAUAAUGCUACCCGACUAAUGCUCACAGCGAGGAAGCGAGCGGCGGUCAACCGAGACCGUUUGCUACCGUUAAUAGUGCGAGAACAGAAGCGUUUGACAAAGGCAGCUCAGCAUUUGAGUGAGAGAUUCUUGGAGGACGAGUCAGACGAAGAGGAGGAACCAAUUGAGGGCAGCAUAUGGAGAAAAAUGUCCAAGUUCGGGAAUCGCGUGAGAACAAUAUCAAAGAUAUUCAAAAAGGUUAACGCCAGAGAUAGUUCCAUAGUGGAUGUGGAAGGAUGGAGAUAUAGCAGAUCGGGAUCAAUUAUUUCUACCGACAGCAGACCUUCCGACACAACGGAAAGAGUGACUAAGUUGAGAAAAUUGUUCGGAAUGGGGGAGGAAUCCGAAAAAAAUAAUCAGGCGUGGUAA